GCCUCUACUCAACGGUACACAUCUAAACUUGGAAUAGUUCGUGGGCCCUCACCACCACAAAAAAUUCCUAAAGCAGGCUGCAGCCAAUCACGCCGCGCCAAAUCAGCCCACCGCCGCCUACGGCGGCGGCCGCUUCUGCACCACCGCCGGCCCUGUCCAGUGCCGCCACCACCACGUAAUUUUCUUUCUCAUUAAGCAAAUUUUGCUUAGGUUAAAAUCCACUUCCCCUUCCCCUUUACUCAUAAUUCACUGUCUCCGAGCUUCUCCCGUGCGAUUCAUGCCAGCUACUGCGCCAUUUCAGCCAUUCUUCCAUAGCCACAUGUUCUCGAGGAGCGUUGACAUUUAACCCAAAUCCUCGCUUUAAUCUCAAAUCUCCUUGACUUGAAGAACAAAUUUGCGGCAGGGUUGAAUCGUGCGAAGCCAUGGCGGAUUUGAACUGUAACCCCAAUUCGGCUUCGGAUAUGUUGACACUUGAUGGGAUUAGAGACUCUCUAAUCAGACAGGAGGAUACUAUAGUUUUCAGUCUCAUUGAGAGAGCGAAAUUCCCUCUCAAUCGGAAGAUGUACUAUAAUAAUCAUACUUCAAUUCCUGGAUUUUCUGGUUCUUUGGUUGAAUUUGUGGUGAAGGAAACGGAGGCCAUUCAAGCCAAGGCUGGUAGAUAUGAAAACCCCGAAGAAAAUCCGUUUUUCCCGAAAGAUUUGCCUCGUCCAUUGGUGCCUCCUCACAAGUAUCCAAAUGUUUUGCAUCCUGCAGGCGCUUCAAUUAAUAUGAACAAAGCCAUAUGGGAUUUUUACAUCAACAAAUUCUUACCACUGUUGGUUGCCGACGGUGACGAUGGAAAUUAUGCAGCCACUGCUGCUAGUGAUCUUGUUUGUUUGCAGGCGCUUUCGAGAAGGAUUCACUGUGGAAAAUACGUAGCCGAGGUGAAAUUCAGGGAUACCCCCAAGGAAUAUGAGCCUCCUAUUCGUUCUAAGGAAAGAGACACUUUGAUGAGGCUAUUGACAUUUGAGGCAGUGGAAGAGGCGGUGAAGAAGAGAGUAGAGAAGAAGGCCAUGGUGUUUGGGCAAGAAGUCACCCUCAACAACACAAGUGAAGGGAAGCCUAAGAUUGAUCCUUCCCUUGUAUCUCGCCUUUACGGCGAAUGGGUAAUGCCUCUCACGAAGGAAGUUGAAGUCGACUACCUCCUGCGACGUCUCGAAUGAGUCCAUACGAUAAAUAACCAUAUGUAAGGGCCAAAACCAACCAAUAUUUUCUGAAAAUUUAUCGUUGUAAUAUGGUCAUUGUAUAAUUUCUUCCUAACACUCCAUGUCCUCGAACUCUCGAAUCGACAAUGGAACAAGAGACUCGGAUAUUUGAUGAUUAAACUUAUGCAACAGCUCGGCUAAAUUAGCUACU